UGACCUGCGGUGUGCGGCGGAAUAUGGCGGAGCGCGUUGCGAAGAGGCCUUGCGGCCCGGGUGAACACGGCCAAAGGGUGGAAUGGCGGAAAUGGAAGCAACAGAAGAAAGAGGAGAAAAAGAAGUGGAAGGAUCUCAAGCUGAUGAAAAAACUUGAGCGACAGCGGGCACAGGAGGAACAGGCAAAGCACCAGGAGGAGGAGGAGGCAGCUGAGCAGAGGGAGGACCGCGGGCGGCCCUACACCCUGAGUGUGGCCCUGCCGGGCUCCAUCUUGGACAACGCCCAGUCACCUGAACUUCGCACCUACCUGGCCGGCCAGAUUGCCAGAGCCUGUACUAUCUUCUGUGUGGAUGAGAUUGUGGUAUUCGAUGAAGACAGCCAAGAUGCCAAGACUGUGGAGGGGGAAUUCAUGGGAAUUGGCAAGAAGGGGCAAGCAAGUAUACAGCUGGCCCGGAUCCUACAGUACCUGGAGUGUCCACAGUACCUGCGAAAGGCAUUCUUCCCCAAGCACCAGGAUCUACAGUUUGCAGGGCUCCUGAACCCCUUGGAUAGCCCUCACCACAUGCGUCAGGAUGAGGAAUCUGAGUUCCGAGAAGGCAUUGUGCUGGACCGGCCCACCCGGCCAGGCCAUGGCUCCUUUGUCAACUGUGGAAUGAAGAAGGAGGUGAAGAUUGACAAGAACUUGGAGCCUGGACUUCGGGUCACGGUACAGCUGAACCAGAAGCAACUCCCAGAAAGCAAGACUUACCGCGGAAAAGUUGUAUCAUCGCAGGACCCUCGCACCAAAGCUGGUCUCUACUGGGGCUACACUGUCCGACUGGCGUCUUGCCUCAGUGCGGUGUUUGCUGAGGCCCCCUUCAAGGAUGGGUAUGACCUGACCAUUGGGACAUCAGAGCGAGGCUCAGCCGUGGCCUCUGCCCAGCUCCCCAGCUUCAGGCAUGCCCUUGUGGUUUUCGGGGGCCUUCAGGGGCUAGAAGCUGGAGUGGACGCUGACCCUAACCUGGAAGUGGCUGAACCCAGUGUCCUCUUUGACCUGUACAUCAACACCUGCCCUAGCCAAGGCAGCCGCACCAUCCGCACGGAGGAAGCCAUUCUCAUCUCCCUGGCUGCCCUGCAGCCUAGCCUCACCCAGGCAGGUGCCAGGCCUAGCUGAAGGUUGUAUCUGGUCCAAGGCACUGAAGAAGCAAUGAAGCCAGGGGUUCCUACAAGUCACCUGGGACAGAAGCAGCCAAAACUUGUCUCCAAAAAUAACCACGUUUAAUGCCACCCAACAUCUGGAUACCCACGGUCUCACCAGGCUGCUGCCAUCACUUGCUGCCAGCAGUGAUGGCCUUGAGGCUGCCUGCCCGUGCCAGAAUGUUUGGCACAAAGAGCAGCCCCGAGGCCCGCUCAACGCUCUCGACAGGCACCAGGAAGCGCUCCAGUGGGAUUGCCUCGUCCACAGGUGCAUUGGGCAUCACAUAGGAGCGGAGCUCAAUCUGCCCACCCACUGCCUCCAGGAUCAGCACCUUGAAGAAGUGUGUAGGCACUGCCACGUGAUUCUUGCCGAUGACCUGGUACUUCACGUAGGACUUCCCAUCAGCCUCUGUCCUGUGGGCAGACCCAGGCAUGUGUGUUCUUUCAGGGCUCCCCAGGGGCCUGAGGCCUAGUCCAACCCAAAGCUACUGCCACCGCCACUUCCAGGAAGCCUUCCCUGACCCAAACUCCACCUCUGUCAAACGCAGGGCAGCCCCUUCAAUGUGAGGUUUCUGUGCCCUGCUCAGCUCCUCCAUGAGGCUGGAACUCUGCAGGGUAGGGACUACCUCUUACCCUCAGGUGUUUUCUUCAUUCCUAACACUGAGCCAGGCAGAGUGGGUGGCAAUAAAUGCUGCUAAAAGAA